AUGACCGAUACUUCUGCAGCUCCUGCGUCAAGCCAGCUGCCCCCCCCGGCACAGGUCGGCAGUUCUGGCCAAAAUGGUCAAGGAAACCCAAGUCAUCUGCCACCACCUCCGUUGCACAUUCCGCAGAACACGAACCCCAUCCCGACCGCUAUUACAUCUCCCCUCUCUGGAGGAGAUAAUGGCGGUAUGAUGUCACCUGGCGGUUCAGGCAGCUUUCGCCGAGCAGCCCCUGAGCCUAACAAGCGGGCGCUGUAUGUCGGAGGCUUGGAACAGCGUGUAACCGAGGACGUUCUUCGCCAAAUCUUCGAGACUACGGGCCAUGUUCAGAAUGUCAAGAUUAUUCCCGACAAGAACGCCAAAGGAUUCAACUACGGAUUCGUUGAGUACGACGACCCUGGUGCUGCCGAGCGCGCCAUGUCAACCCUGAAUGGGCGCAGAGUCCAUCAAUCGGAAAUCCGAGUCAACUGGGCGUAUCAGUCCAACACGUCGAGCAAAGAGGACACGUCUAGCCACUUUCACAUCUUUGUUGGCGAUCUUUCCAACGAGGUCAAUGAUGAUAUUCUUCUCCAAGCCUUCUCCGCCUUUGGCACUGUUUCGGAGGCCCGUGUCAUGUGGGAUAUGAAGACCGGCCGGACUCGAGGAUACGGUUUUGUGGCAUUUCGUGACAGAGGCGAUGCUGAAAAGGCAUUAAGUUCCAUGGAUGGCGAAUGGUUGGGCUCGCGAGCUAUUCGAUGCAACUGGGCCAACCAGAAGGGCCAACCAUCCAUUGCACAGCAGCAGGUGAUGCAGGCCAUGGGCAUGACCCCCACGACUCCCUUUGGUCACCAUCAAUUCCCGGCCCACGGCGUGGGGAGCUACGAUGUGGUUUUGAACCAGACUUCCAACUGGCAGACCACUUGCUACGUCGGCAAUUUGACACCCUACACCACUCCCAAUGACGUGGUUCCCCUUUUCCAGAACUUCGGAUUUGUCGUCGAGUCGAGGUUCCAGGCCGACCGAGGGUUCGCCUUCAUCAAAAUGGAUACGCACGAGAAUGCGGCAAUGGCAAUUUGCCAAAUGAAUGGAUACAAUGUCAACGGCCGACCACUCAAAUGCAGUUGGGGCAAGGACAAGACACCCAACGCUCAAGGCAAUUUUGACCCGGCCCAGCAGCCAUACAGUCCUCAGAGUGCCCAGACCCCGGGCUUCCCAGGAACGCCCCCCUAUUAUUCUCAGUAUGGUGGUCAAUAUGGUGGACAGCCGGGCAAUUUUGCAGGACCCCAAGGUGGCUCGCCUGCAGGAUAUGGUGGCUCUCCCAUGGGAUACGGUGGCCCUCAGAAUGCAGGCGGGUUUGGUCGAGGCCAACAGGGCCCCAAUGGUCAAUGGAACCAACCUGGACCUGGGCAAAACUUCAACAAUGGAUUUGGCGGUUAUCAGUCAUGA